AUGCAACACUCAAAUGAUGAGAGAGGUGAAGAAGAUAACCGUCUCAUCAUAUACCCAUAUGGAGAUUCAUUCAUGGAUGCUACGUACGUUGUGAGGCAACUUAAUAAAAUAGUGAAUAACUAUUGGAGGGGGCCAUGGAAUAGUUACAGCAGCACGCCAAAACAAGUAAAGGAUUUGUGGUGGAAUGAGUUCAAGCGGAAGUUCAACUGGAAUGAAAUGGAAGAGGAUGAAGUUAGAAGAAUUUUUAAGAAGAAAGCCGGUGAUCACAUACAAAAUGUGAUGAAUAAAGCAAAGAGAAGUCAAGGGAAGCCGGAUUUCAUUACCGGUGACGAUUGGACAGAAAUAAAGAGAAUUUGGGAAAGUGAAAAGAAUAUGCAAAGGAGUGAACAAAAUAAGAAGAAUCGGGCUUCUAGUUCUCUUGAAGGGUCUGCGACAUAUGCUGGGGGUUCUAUCAACAUUGGGGAGCAUAAAAAGAGAAUGGCAAAUGAAUUGGGGACGGAACCGACAUAUAUAGCUACAUUUGAACGCACAUUUGAAAAGAAAGUUAAGACAUGGAUCAGCGACCAGGCAAAAGCUAUUAAGGAAAAAUAUGAUGAGCUUUUAAUGAGUACGGCUAUUGGUGGUGAUGGUGGGGCCGAGUCUGAGCUAGUAGUUGACCAUAUGGCAUUAUGGGUGGAGGCAUCCGGUGGGAUGAAAAGGGGGAAAAUAUUUGGGAUGGGAUCCUUGUCAAGGGUAUACACAACAAAGGUUACAACAAGUUCAUCCUCCGGUGCGGCUAUUUCAAGGAGGACACAACUUGAUGAACAAGUGACCCAAGAAUUGACCCAAUUGAGACAUUUACUUGUAGAGAAGGAUGAAGAAAUAAGAGUGGUCAAAGAACAAAUGUCACAUAAGGAUGAGGAGAUGAGGGUGGUCAAAGAACAAAUGUCACAGAAGGAUGAGGAAAUGAGAGUGGUCAAUGAGCGACAUAAAUCUCUGGAGUCUCAAAUGCAAUUGGUCUUGCGACACCUCAACCUAAAUCCAGAUGAGGUUCCUCCCGUACCUCCCACUAAUCAAAUAGGUGAUGGGCACAAUGAUGACCAAUAAAAGACGACGACUUUGCUGGUGAUGAUG